UUUCUUGUCUUCCCGCUCCUGCGCACCUCGACCCGCCUCCAGUUAGCUCUCUGUCCGUCUCUUCGGUUAGCAUGUCUGGGUACGGGGCUCUGCCGACGAACGGGGCCGCUGCGGGGAUUAAAAACGACGCUUUUGCAGAUGCUGUUCAACGAGCCAGACAGAUUGCAGCAAAGAUCGGUGGAGAUGUUCCCACCCCAAUGAGCAACAACGGGGGUGCUGAGAACUAUGCUUUCCCAGCACAGAAGCGAUCACUAGAAGACGCAGAUCAACCCGACGCUAAAAAGAUGGCUUCCCAGGGUGACCGGGACUCGGCACUGUCCAUCGGAGCUCAGCUGGCCGCCCUGUCACAACAGAGUGCGAGGCCCUCCACCCUGACUGAGGAGUACCGUGUUCCCGACAGCAUGGUCGGUCUGGUGAUUGGCCGUGGAGGAGAGCAGAUCAAUAAGAUCCAGCAGGACUCUGGCUGCAAGGUCCAGAUCGCCCCUGACAGCGGCGGGCUUCCAGAGAGGAGCGUGUCCCUCACCGGCCCCGCUGACGCUAUACAGAAAGCCAAGAUGUUCCUGGAUGAGAUCGUGUCCCGGGGACGUGGGACCCCCCCCUCCUUCCACGAGUCCUCCUCCAACGGGGGCCCGGGCGGGUCCAUGCAGGAGAUGAUCAUCCCCGCGGGCAAGGCUGGGCUGAUCAUCGGCAAGGGAGGGGAGACCAUCAAACAGCUGCAGGAGCGGGCCGGUGUGAAGAUGAUUCUGAUCCAAGAUGCUUCUCAGCCCCCCAACAUGGACAAGCCCCUCCGCAUCAUCGGAGAUCCCUACAAAGUGGAGCAAGCGAUGGAGCUGGUCAACGAGAUUCUCCGAGAGCGAGACCAUGCCGGCUUUGGAGAGAGGAAUGAGUACGGCUCCAGGAUGGGAGGAGGAGGAGGAGGAGGAGGAGGUGGUGGAGGCGGCGGCGGCGGCGGCGGGGGAGGUGGUGGUGGUGGUGGAGGCGGUGGAGGCAUAGAAUUUACUCUCCAGGUGCCGGUGCCGCGCCACUCGGUGGGCGUCGUGAUCGGGCGGAACGGAGAGAUGAUCAAGAAGAUCCAGAACGACGCCGGCGUCCGGAUACAGUUCAAACCAGACGACGGCUCCAGUCCCGAUAAGAUCGCCCACGUGAUGGGUCCGCCCGACCGCUGCGAGCACGCCGCCGCCAUCAUCAACGAGCUGCUGCAGUCCAUCCGCGUGCGGGACGAGGAGGGCCAGGGCGAUUCAAUGUCUCCUUCCCAGGGUCCGCCCGGGUCCGGCAUGCCCCCUGGGGGGCGUGGCAGGGGGCGUGGCCAGGGGAACUGGGGUCCCCCCGGAGGAGAGAUGACCUUCUCCAUUCCCGCGCACAAGUGCGGCCUUGUGAUCGGCAGAGGCGGAGAGAACGUCAAGUCCAUCAACCAGCAGACCGGGGCCUUCGUAGAGAUCUCACGCCAGCCGCCGCCCAACGGGGACCCCAACUUCAAGCUGUUCACCAUCCGGGGGUCCCCCCAGCAGAUCGACCACGCCAAGCAGCUGAUCGAGGACAAGAUCGAGGGUCCUCUGUGUCCUGUGGGUCCGGGUCCAGGUGGUCCAGGUGGUCCAGGGGGUCCGAUGGGUCCUUACAACCCCAACCCCUACAACGCCGGCCCCCCUGCCGGCCCCCCGCACGGUGCCCCCCCCGGUGGCCACCAGUACGCCCCCCAGGGCUGGGGCAACGCCUACCAGCAGUGGCAGGCCCCCGCGCCCCAUGACCCCAGUAAGGCCUCCGCCGACCCCAACGCGGCCUGGGCAGCGUACUACGCCCAGUACUACGGCCAGCAGCAGCCCGGGGGCCCCAUGCCGGGCCAGGCCCCCGGGGCCCCUGCCGCGGCCCCCGCUGACCCCGGCCUGGUGGCCCAGACCCCUGGGGGCCAGCCGGACUACACCAAGGCCUGGGAGGAGUACUACAAGAAGAUGGGCAUGACCCAGGGUGGAGGGGCCCCUGCGGCCGCGGCCCCUGGGACCGCCGCCCCGGCUCCAGGCGCGGCGGCGGCAGCUGGAGGCCAGCAGGACUACAGCGCCGCCUGGGCUGAGUACUACCGACAGCAGGCCGCCUACUACGGACAGCCGGGCCAGGCCCCCGGGCAGGCUGGGGCCCCCCAGCAGGGCCAGCAGGCCCAGUAAGGCGUUGACCCGGUCCCUCGGUCCGACCCAUCUCCCUGUGAAUUCUCUCCACCCGGACUCUGGUUGUUUGAUCACGGUUCUUCCUUUAAUUACUUAUUUUUCCUUUUUCUGUCGAGCGACUCAUUUACGCUUGCUUUGUGAGACCUUUUCCAAGGUCAUUUUUAUAUUUUCCUUUUUUCUUUUUGGUACGUUUAAAAUAUAAGCUGAAGAGAAUGUGGGAAGACUAAUGAUGAUUUGAACAAAGCACUAAUGAACUCCAUGGUAUUCUUCACUCACCAGUAACUUACCAGCCACAUGCAAUUGCAGGACGAAGCAAAGGAAUUUGUUGUGUGCUCACAUCAUAACAGCAUCUGUACAUACAACGUGUCACACUGUAGUAAACUCUUUGUUCUACUGAUGGUGAAUCCUGUUAGGCUUUCAGUAUUACAGAACUAAUGUUUGUUUAAAAUGUCAACUCUUUUGCUUUUAGACGGUUAUAGGUAUUUGUUUUCCUUUUUUAUCCAAACAUUCCCACUGUUAAGUUGCAGAACAAUGUAAACUUUUCUUUUCUUCCUAUUGCUAUCAUGAAGAGGGUCGUGUCUGUAUACAGUGUAUGCUACUGGGCAGAGGGAUGUGUUCAGGUCGACUGUAUCCUAGAACGCUUCUGAGUGUCCUUCUGCAAAACCAUGACUCUCUUUUUUUGUGUGACAACGUUAUAGUUGGAAGAACUUUCUUUUUUUGUUGCAAUAAGUCAUGUCAUUGUAUGCUGAAUUUUUAAUUUUUUACUGCUUGUUUUUAAAGACUUAAUAAAAACAUACAACGUG